ACUUUCACUUUAACUAGUGAAGUAGUGGUGGCGCUGUUAAUGCAGAGUAACAACAGAUCACUUUUGCUUCACUGAAUCUGCGUUCAUCUCUGAGCAAAAAUUCAAAAAUGAAGCAUGUCUUUAUUUUUCUCUUAUUGUCGAUGUGUUUACAUGUGCACGGUGUGUCUGAUGUUAAAGUGUCAGUGAUGGAGGAAGAUUCAGUCACUCUAAACACUGGUGUUCAAACAAACCAACAAUACAGCAUUAUAUGGUAUUUUAAUAACACUCUCAUCGCUCAAAUCACUGGAGAUCAGAGUAAGAUCUGUACAGACAUUCAGUGUAAAGAGAGAUUCAGAGACAGACUGAAACUGGAUGAUCAGACUGGAUCUCUGACCCUCAUGAACAUCAGAAACACAGACUCUGGAGAAUAUACACUGAAGAUCAACAGCAGCAGCAGCACCAGUGAAAAGACCUUCAGUGUUUCUGUUCAUGGUGUCGGUGUUUAUGGUGUGUCUGAUCCAGAUAAAGUGUCAGUGGUGGGGGGAGAUUCAGUCACUCUAAACACUGGUGUUCAAAUGAACCAACAACACAAAAUUAAAUGGUAUUUUAAUGGCAUUCACAUCGCUGUAAUCAGUGGAGAUCUCAGUUAUAUCUGUACAGAUGUUCAGUGUGAUAAAAGGAAUGAGAGAUUCAGAGGCAGACUGAAGCUGGAUCAUCAGACUGGAUCUCUGACCAUCAUGAACACCAGAAACACUGACUAUGGAGAACAUACACUAGUGAUCAUCAGCAGCAGCAGCUACAGUGUAAAGAUCUUCAGAGUUUAUGUUUAUGAUGUUUCUCCUGUUGAACGAGAUAAAAAGAAGAGAAAAUCAGUGAAGGAGGGAGAAUCUGUUACUUUAGAUUCUGGUGUAAUAAAAAGCUCAAAUGAUUCAAUGAGAUGGUAUUUUAAUGACACUCUCAUUGCUGAAAUCACUGGAGAUCAGAGUAAGAUCUGUACAGAUGUUCAGUGUGAUGAGAGAUUCAGAGACAGACUGAAGCUGGAUCAUCAGACUGGAUCUCUGACCCUCACAAAUAUCACAAACACUGACUCUGGAGAAUAUAAACUACUGAUCAUCAGCAGCAGCAGAUUCAGCAUCAUCAGGAGCUUCAGUGUUUCUGUCACUGAUUCAGAUCUGUCUCCAGCUGUUGUAGCAGGAAUAUGUGUUGCUGUUUUGCUGAUCGUUGCUGGUUUAAUUUACUGCUGCCAAUCAAGAAGGAAUGGUAUCAGGACAAAGCGCAAUGAUCAGGCAAAUGGUGUUGAAGAUUCAUCCUCUGGUUGACACUCUGAAGACUAUCAGCAACUCGUCACCUAAUCAUGAUGAGCCUGCCAAUGACGCGCCGACGUAACAUUUAUUAUUAUUUCAUUAAAAGAGAACUUGAAGAUGGGAAGCUAGAAGAAACUCUCAUCGCUCACAGAGAAACAGUGUCACGAUACCAAGAUUUCACUAGUUGGUACCAAUACUAGUCAUUUCAACUUGACCAAUUUCAACUCAUUCAAAUUUAAUCUAGUUUGUGUUUAAGUAAUUUAAAUAAUACUGCUCCAAAGAAUUAAAGGAUUAGUUCAAAUUGGUUAAAAUUAGCCCAAGCUUUACUCACCUUCAAGCCAUCAUAGGUGUGUAUGACUUUCUUCUU